AUGUAUCAUAUCGACUACUUUCACGUGGGAAACAACACCCUUUUAUCUAUCUAUCUAUCUAUCUAUCUAUCUAUCUAUCUAUCUAUCUAUCUCUUCUGUUCGCUUCCUGCGGCCUCUUCUCUCUUCCUCGCCCGACAUUCGCAUAGCUGUUGGCGGUGUGCGUCUUUCCCGGGAACCACCCAAAUAAUUUCCACUGCGUUCACCUUCAUCUCGCUCCGAACUUUUGUCAAUUCUCUCUCUCUCUCUCUCUCUCUCUCUCUCUCUCUCUCUCUUAUCUAUCUAUCUAUCUAUCUAUUUAUAUAUAUAUAUUUAUAUGUUCGUCUUUUCAUUUCUAUCUAUCUAUCUAUCUAUCUAUCUAUCUAUCUAUCUAUCUAUCUAUCUAUAUUCGCCUUUUCAGUUGUAUCUUAUUUAGUUGUAUCUAUCUGUCUCUCUCUCUCUCUAUAUAUAUAUAUAUAUUUAUACGUUCGUUUUUUCAUUUCUAUCUAUCUAUCUGUCUAUCUAUCUAUCUAUCUAUAUUUAUAUGUUCGUCUUUUCAUUUCUAUCUAUCUAUGUAUAUAUAUAUAUAUAUAUAUUUAUAUGUUCGUCUUUUCAUUUUCUCUCUCUCUCUCUCUCUCUCUCUAUAUAUAUAUAUAUAUAUAUAUAUAUAUAUAUAUAUAUAUAUUCGUCUUUUCAUUUUAUCAUAUCUAUCUAUAUCUAUCUAUCUAUCUAUCUAUCUAUCUAUCUAUCUAUCUAUCUAUCUCCAACAGAAUAUUAGGGUUCACAUCAUUUAUUCAUGUAAAACAACAAUUUCUCUCACAUUCAUCAUUUUUUCCAUUUUUUAUAGAAAGAUUGAACGGAUUUAUUUAA